CCGCCGCGAAGAUCGUCUUUCGGGAAGAUUGAAGAUCAUCCUUCUCUCCCGCCUUCUCUCGGGCUGUCGUGACUCCCGCCCCUUCUCUCUUCCUUCUCUCCCUCCCACUUCGGCCUUCCUCUUCUCUCCCAGCGCCGUGAAGCAUUCAACUAGUCUCGUGAACGAUCUUCAAGCUUAUUCUUGUCGUACACUUCCUCGUUUCCCGCUCAUCCACUUUUGUGGUUCAGGUGUGUUGGACGAGUUGAUUGACUACUGGGUGUUUGGCUUCUUAAAGGAAGCUAAGAAGCAAUCAUGGAUGUUGAUUCGGAGAAACCUAUUGAAGAAAUCAUACUGGAUGGAGAGGAUUUAAUGAAGGGGCCACCUAGUCCCCUCAUCCCACCAGAAAUUGCCUCGCAUGUGCUUGAAGGUGUUGAUUUGUGCACUGGGAUUUUAAGGAAUCUGUUCUUGUGCUUGCAAGUCAACAACAUUGAACCAUUCUGUCAAGAAGACAUCGCUUUAUAUCGAGAAUGUGCAGAAAAGAGGGAUGAGAUACUAAGGCAUCGACUUCAAGAUAGCGAGCGCAAAUUGGGUUUGUCAAUGCCUUUAGAUGAAGCCAAGGAAAGAGCUUCCCAGCUUGAAUCUGAAGUUACAUCUCUGGAAAGGCACAUGAUUCUUGCUAGUGGAAUUAAAGGUGUUGAAGGAUUUCGUCAAAGAUGGAGUUUACAUGGUCGGCUUACCGAUACGAGGAAUAGGUUGGAGUCUUUGAGGCAAGGAAUAGAUAAUCGAAAAAAGGAUGAUUCUGUUCCAAAGGCAACUACGAAAAGAUGGUUUCUUUGGUGACUGGCUGGUAUUGAAUCUUAUAUAGUGAUUAUCCUUUCACCUCCUAGAGGAGAAAAACACUACACAACACCUAGUAGGCUUGUUAUUGUUGGAGAGUUCACUGCGUCUAGCUUUCCAGGCUUCCAGCUUCCUGUUCUCUAAAGAUAUUACCAAAUCAUGAUAUAUUUCUAGGAAAGGUAUGGAUUGUCAUUUCAUAUGCAUUUGCAAUUCAAAGAUCCAUGCAACGUAGAUUAACCUCCUCUAGCUAGGAUUAAGUCUCGGUUUUCUUUUUCGUCUACUCUUGUAAACUCACAUCUGUUAGUGAUCAGGUAUACCAGAAGUUUCCACUUUCUACCCAA